AUGUUAUUUGAGGGGGUUGCUGUUGGAAAUAAUUGUGGAUUAUUCAGUACAUAUGUUGGAUAUUGUUGUGUCAUUGAUCGAGUUCGUAAUGGUCGUCGCCGCCGUGCUAAUAAUUGUGAAGGUGCUGUAGUUGAAGGGGCUGAUAACGGGACAGUUGGCAAUGGGACAGAAGUUCUUCAAAACUUCUAG